AAACGAAAUGAAUCUUUUUGUAAUCAUUGAAAAUCUACCUUAACGAUGUAGAAAACAUAAUUUUAUUGCAAAUAACAAUAUUAUAUUUCGACCAAUGAAACUCAGGGUUAUAUAUUUGCACGAAUAGAACGCUUAAUUAAAAAUAAAUAUAAAAUUAAUUCGGUAAAAACUCGCUAUUAGGCAUUCAAUCGUAAUAUUUGGAACGCUUAUUGAGAUCGGAUACGUUAAGAGAAAUUCUUAACCUUAUUUAAAUCUAUCUCGUGUUAAAGAUAUUUUAGCAUACGAAAUGUUUUGUUAUUCGGAUCGAAGGUAAAGCGCUUGUGAGUAUGUUACAAAUAAAGAAAUCAAGUUGUUGAAAAAAAAAAAGGAUGGGUACGCAGACUUCAAAGAGGCAGGAUGCGGGCGAUGAAAUAAUAUCGAAAAAAUCUCUCUUGGUGGUCAAAGAAAUCAUUCAUUUUCUGAAAGAACACGCACGAGAGGAAGGUCUAUUUCGUAGAGCAGGACGCCGUAAGCUCAGACAUAAAAUCUUGAAUUCGUUGAAAAAGGGAGAAAAGCCACAAUUCGAGCUCGGCGAUGAUGUCGCUCUGGAAUGCGCUGCUGCUUUGCAACUUUUUUUAAGCCGUCUGAAAAAACCCGUCAUACCGCAACAUGUUCAAGAAUUAAUUUUGGCCGAUAAUCCUGGAGUAACGGCAGGAGUAGUCGCACGCGAUGCCCUUGGUUUAAUAAGGCAAGAUGUCAGUGGUCGUCAUAGUGAACUUCUAUCUGAUCUUCUAGACUUAAUUAGACAUUUGACACUUUCUGGACCGCCUUCCGAACGAACAGAAUUACAAGGAUCUCCUUUACCUAUAGCUCUUUUACCCGUCUUCUUCACAUUAAAACCAACCGAUCUAACAAAAUGGAAACAAGUUGCUGCACGAUUCAAUGAAUUAAUCACCGAAGCACCAAAACAAUUACGAACUAAUGAAAAUCGUCGCUUUGAAUCAAUGACUACAUCAAGAUUCAAUGAAAAUGAUCAAAAUGAGAUUCUACAAGAAACUGAAUUAGAGGAAUUAACAAGAUACGAUGAACUACCUAUGCUAUAUCCUUUUAGUAGACUGACGGAUAAUUAUAAUCGAUGCCACACCAGAGAAAUGGCACAUAUUCUUGCAACACCUUUACAUUGGCCUCCCGCUGAUAGAUUGCAUCCGUUUAUAUCACAUACCGGUCGACAAAUUAGGAGCAACGUGUGAAUUUUCUUAUCAGUUAUUUAUUUUAAUCAACAUUGCUAUUAAUAUACAUUAACUAAUCGUCUAUAAUUUUCAUGGGUACAUGAGGAACAGGUUGACAAAAAAUUCAGUACAUAUGUGUUAGUGCAAAAUAAUUCAUACAAAUUUUUUAUAAAAUAUAUAUAUAUAUAAUUAAUUAUUGAUAUUUUUCUAUUUGAAUAAAGAAUUUUUUUUUUCUUUUUUUUUUUUCAAUAAAUAUCAUGACCCCACUUAAAGGAUCAUAAGACGUAACAGAAUGAGAAAAAUCUAGUUGAAACAGUAGAGUACUGUUUACCGACAUAUUAACGCCGGUAAUAAUAAAGCCUUUCUCUACCGAUCAAACAGUAUACUGCCGAUAAUAGUAGAGAUUUGUUUUACCUAUAAUAGUGAAACUCAUAUAAUAUGUGGUACAUUCAUAAAAUGCUGAAUUAACACACCUUGCUUUUCUUUUAGAAUAUUUUAAUUUAUUAAAGAUAAUAUUAAUGUUGUUGUAUUAAAUGAUAAUGUGAUAGUAAGAUAUGAAGAGAAAGGAUAAAAGUGAAAAAACGUUUGUUUUCAAAUCUAUAUAAUGUAAUAAUAAUCAUUUUUCAAUUUGUAUAGAAUAUAUAUUAGUGAAAUUCUUUCAUAAUUUAUAAUCACAUUUUUGUCAUAUUGAGAACAUCGAGUUUCAAAAUUCAGAGCCACUUUGAAAUAUUUGGUCCCAACAAAAUACAAUAAUGAUCAAUGAUUUUUUUCCCUUUAUGGAAAUGGGUUUCAAGUGAAGAUUAAAAAUACUCAAUAUUUUACACUUAUUAUGCUAUCUUUACUGUGCAAUUUCGGUGUAUAGUAAUUAGACAAUAAUCUCUCUAUUAUAGUAUAGGAAAUGACAAUGCAACAAUUAUUUGUGAUAACAACAAAAAGUCUUCAUGAUUAAGUAGCCAGCCAAUGAACACAUAAUAUUCUAAAUCAUUCAAAAAAAAAAAAAAAAAAAAAAAAAAAAAAGAAAAAAAAGAAAAAACACAAAUU